CUCAGUUAUCAAUUUCAUUCAACUAACAUCGAAUUUAUUUUUCAGAACUAAACAUUCUGGAAUAGUAUUUUGCAAUUUUUAGUAAUAUUACAACGAAUUAUAUAGAAAAACGUUCAUUUGGACAGGUAAAAAAUGGCGAACUUACAACCACUCUUGAAGUCCUCUGGUAAAUCCAAAAAGAAGGUUACAAGCAUCGAUCUAAAGUCAACUGAAUUUCGAAACGAAAAGUAUCGAAUGUGUAUGCUUAAAAAUUGCAUGAUGUCUGACUUUUAUAAGUAUCUCGGUCUUAAGGUCAAGGAAAAAAAUGACUUCAGCAAUAUAAACAACUAUGAAGAGGCAAAUUCCAGCUUUACUUAUACUGUGUACAGUCCACAGACAAGAGAAUUUCAUCACCGUUGGCAUACUAAUCGUGGAAGAAUCAUUGAUUGCCUGACUUGUUACAAUAUCAGCGAACGUGUGGAACCAUUUGCCAAGCACUACGAAAGAAAUAAUGAACGCACAUAUUUGGUGUUGACUGAAGACGAAAGGAAGAAACUCCUGAUCGUUGAAAGUAAAUGUGUAAGCACAUUUGUGAUGACUAAGGACAACAUUGAUAAAGGAAAUAUGGAUUUCUUAUCAGAGGCAUCGACUGAUGUACUACCAUCUAUGCUACGUUUACUAUUUGUUAAGGCUAAGACUAUACAUAUACAAGUUGCAUACAAUGUAAAAAUCGAAAAUCGCCUAUAUGUAUUCGAAAGUACUGAGUUAGCAAUAGAAAAUCAUUUUGAUAUAAUCGAAAGUAUUGAUAUGGUGUUUAUGAUGCUUUUAGAGACGGUCAAGAUAUUUAUGGGUUCACUUGAAUGCUCAGAUAUUGAAAACUUUAAGAUUCAACGCAUAAAAGUUAAUAUAAGAAUGGAACGUUGGUUUUCUCAAAACGGUGUUAGAAAAAUGACACUGCCCUUAAAGUAUCGUAUUAAAAAUGUAGCAUUUUAUAUCGAUCCUGAGCAACUUAAAUUGAAACAUGAGAAGAUGGAGAGUUGUGAUAUCGAGGCUAUUACUUACGCUUAUAAGAAGUACAAAGCUACUGGAAAUAAAAGCUACUUGAUGCGUAUGAAAGGUGCAAAUUUAUAUUGUUUCCAGCUUUGCCAGACUUCUCAGGAAAUAUACACAGUACCCUUCUAUCUCGCUCCACCUACAGGUAAUAAAGAAAAUCACAAUUUCAUAAUUCUCGAAGAUGUGGAAGGAAACUUUCAACAUUUUAUGGGAAUUUUAAGCCCACAACACUUCGCUUAUACUGAAGAUCCGAAGGCUAUUUUUAUUUGUCCAAAAUGUCAGGCAAAUUAUUCUGAAUUGGUUAAGUUGGCUGUGCAUCAAAGGUUGAAAUGUGGUCACUUUUUUGAAAUUUUUGAAGUGGACAAUGAUUACGCAGAGGACUAUCCCAAUAACUUCUCGAUUGAAACCAGUGACGGCAAGUGGUUGCUUGCCGGUAUAAGAGAUGUGCCAACUUGAUUAUCAGAUUAGCAGUUUAAUACAAAUAUCAGAUAUGCAUACGAUAUAUGUGCAUAUAUUAUUUUUCAAGUUCGUGUUGUUUUGUAUCAUUCAGUUUCUUAUUAUAAAAGUUAUAAAAAAUAUU